GGCUAUUGUCUCUUCUUUUGAGCGACACCACUUGGUCGGCCAGACCGCGCAUCUCUCGCUCUCUCAGUCGCCUCGCAGUCGUCGACGAGGCUCCGCCAUCCUGUCAUCGCCCGCCUGCUUGCUGCUGCAGUUGGCCCCCGCCCCGCCCCGGCAAUCGCUGCGUCCGUCUGGCCCAACGUUGAAGCAUCCGCGCAAGCGUCCGACUCCGCUGGCUGGCUCGUGUUACGGUGUUGGCGUCCACCUCCUCUUUCUGUCCUUUCUAGCACCGUCUGUCAGACAUCAUGGUCGACCGCCAUGACGGUGAAAUCGACGGCGACAGCAGCGCAGAGACCCAGCCUCUCAUGACUGAUUCGGAAAGACGCCAGGCCGCGGGCGGCACCGAUGAGGACGUCAAUGUCGGCAUCGAAGGCAGCAGCGAAACACCGCGCGGGCGCGGGCCUGCCAAUGCCCAGCAUCCACCGACGUCGAGCCAUCCCGACGACCGCCAUCACCCCGAUGCGCCACUCGACAGCGACAACACCCUGCACGUCGAGGAUGACGACAGCGACCCCCCGACGCCACGCUUCGUGCAAGACGAGAAUGCAUGGAAGCGCUGGAAGUGGGUGCCAUACCCGGUCCGCCGCAUCAUCAGGACCGUUCGCAAGUGGUCGAAAGGCCCCCCCAACGCCCAGCCGUAUCGCAUCAAACCCUUGCUCCCCGUCGUACAAGAGUAUCCGCUGUGGCUCGUCGAGCGCUUCCUCCCCCGGCGCAAGCAGCGCGCUUGGGUGCUCUUCUUCUUCUUCUCGAUAUGGCUCAUCGCCUUCGUGCUGGUCAAACGCAGGGAGACAAUCGUGAGCGAAAUUGCGGGAUGGGGUGCGCCGCAAGCCAUUGGCUGCGGCGCCGCGUACUGGGACGCUGGCAACGAAUGCGGCAUCGACGGCAGCCAGUGUCGCCCUUUUGCCGACAGCGGAUUCGCGUUUCGCUGCCCUGCGAGCUGUGAUAAGUACCUCGUUCUCGAACCGCGCGCCGUGGGAGACCAGGAGGUCAUAUAUCAGCCUCUUGUCGUCGGUGGACCGUCCAACGACGUGCACCCCGAACUCGCCACGUACCGAGGCGACUCCUUCAUCUGCGGCUCGGCCAUUCAUGCAGGCCUCAUCACGAACAAGCAAGGCGGCUGCGGCGUUGUGCAGCUCGUCGGUCGGCAGCAAAACUUUGUUGCUUCGCAGCGUCACGGCUUCACGAGUGUCGGCUUCGACUCGUACUUUCCGCUGUCGUUUCAGUUCCUGCCUGGGGUCGACUGCUCAUCCAGCGACACCCGGUGGUCGCUCUUCGGCAUCUCGCUGACCUUCACCAUUGUGUUGUCGCUGUUCACGGCCUCGCCGGCGCUCUUCUUCUUCCCCGUGUUUACCGGGAUCUUCUGGACCGUCGGCAUGGCACUGGAUCCACCGACGGCCAAGACUGUCACUGCGCUCUUCUCAAACGUGUUGGGCAAGUUUAUUCCUGCAGCUUUCACGUCAUGGGUCAUAUACGACAAAAUGGGCGUCCGCCGCACGCUCACCGGUUUGACGGCCCAGGUCGAAAAGACGGUGCUGUGGCUGGGAGGCUGCUGGGUCGGUGCCAUGACGAACUAUACGCUUGACUUCAUCCCAAUUCAACGACUCACUGCGCAUGACUUGAACCAGCAGCCUGGUGCCAAGGCGGCAUUGGCCAUUAUCAUCAUUCUCCUCAUCGUCAUUGUCGCAUUCCAGGUGUGGUUCUUCCGGAUGGAGGCACGGUUUCGAAAGUAUAUAAAGCUUUACCUGGUGUUUCUGCUCGGCAUCGCCAUAUCUCUCUUGCUGCCGGGGCUCAAUCUACGCAUUCACCACUUUGUGCUUGCGCUCCUGUUGCUGCCUGGCACCAGCAUGCAAAUGCGGCCGUCGCUCUUGUACCAGGGCCUUCUUGUCGGGCUGUUCAUCAACGGCAUCGCACGGUGGGGCUUCGGUCCAUUCUUGGAGACGGACGCCAUGCUGCAAGGCGACGCGCAGAAGGGCACGCUGCUCCCGACGAUUCACAACCCAAUCAUCCAUCUUGGUAACAGCUCCGCGGCGCUCUCCAACAUCACCUUCAGCUGGGAUGUGCCCGAAGGGAAGCGGUACGAUGGCAUUAGCGUUCUCGUCAAUGACGUAGAGCGAUACCGCUCUUACUUUGGCGAUGAGGACGAGAAGAAGGAAUUCAUGUGGUCGCGAAAUAGCACGUUAGACCUGCCCGAGUACUUCAGGUUCGCACUCAUGAGCGGCAGCGAAAGCGGGGACUACACAAAGGCCGGGACGUGGACGGCGGGCGGCGAGUGGAAGCAGAUGCAGCCCGGGCCGUCUCGAGUGAAGACGCGGAGCGCUAUAGAGGGGGAGGGAAGGCUGCGGCGAUGAGCUGACGACUGACUGAUGCAUGAGGGGCCAUAUAGGAGUUUUUUGUCUCUUCUUUUGGAUUGUACACGGGGGGAAUACAUGCUGCUUCAAAUACCGUAAUGGCCAUGCGGAGGUGCUCGUGACUUGGAUUUUUGAACUGGUUCUCACUUGGCAUGGAUGUAGUUCGUGCUAGGUCCUUGCAGGUCCCACAUCUCCACCUCGAAGCUGUCACAUCGACAACGUUCCGGUUGCAACUCACCUCAUUCAAACCUCCUCAUAACGACAGUUUAUAUGACCAUUGGCAGUCCAUCCCAUCCUAUACUUUGGCCGCAUCCAAAUGUCAAGCCCAGUCACCUGC